CGAAGAAUUGUAAUCUGGGGGCCCACUGUAAGCUGGUGUGUUGGAUCCUCCCCCCAGUCCCCCACCGAUAGUACGGGACGCGCUAGGAUGAUAGCGCAGCUCGUGGCAUCCAUGUUGCAGGCGCAACGGAGAAGGAUGUUAGCCUAUUACUCCUUUGACAGGCGUCUCUACACGAAACGUACAAUAGCCGGCGCGGGGAAAGUCUUGUAG